AUGUCAAGUCAACAAGAAAUAAACUAAAGGCAUUAGUAACAAUAGGGUUAAAAUUCAUCUAGCUAAUAGUAAGAAGGAGGAAAUAAUCAAAAUAAUGGAGCUAGUGCAGCAACAGCAGCAACGCUGAGUUAAACUUUUAAAAGGUAAAUAACGUUUGGAAAAAGUGAGCUAAAGCACGCCUUAAAAAAGAUAUAAGAAUAAAAAUUAUAAGAAGGGAUAAAAAAUCACGUAUAUAUAGAACCAAAAUGGAAUAACUCUUUCACUCUAGAGCCAGUUGACCUUUAAUUGCUAAUUUUUUUAAGUGUAUUUAUCUAUAUUUUAGUAGUCUAUUUAACAGAAUGGUUAGAUCAUCCUAUAAAGAAGAUCUGUGCUGCACUGAUUUUAGUAAUGAUAUAUGUUUCUGAUUGCUCUCAAAACGGAGUUAGUAGAUAUCUUGAUAAUAUUAUGACUUAUGAAGAAUUUGCUUAAUAUAUAGAAUAGUAUAAAAAAGUAAAAGCACAUAUUAAAUAUAAAGUAGUAGCAUUCCAUAAAGAGACUUAGCGAGUUAGAAACUCAAACGGUAACAUGGAAAAUGUAACAAAGAAAAUAGAAACAUAUAAGCAAGAGUUUGACUUUCCUAUUCACUAGAUUACUGACGCUACAGAUGAUACUUCUUAGUUGUUUUCUAAGAGUAAAUGCUUUAGAGUGUUUUGCUUUGCUAAUUAUUCUUAUGGUAAUGAAUAAUCGGAAGAAUUCUUUACCACCUUUAAAAAAUUUGUUGAAACCAAAGCAAGCAAAGCAGAUAAAGAAUAUGAAAUAUUAGAAAUCUUUGAAUGUGAAUAAUAAAUAGAAGCUCCUCUGAAAUAAAAUAUACUUGUUUUGGCUAAAAAUGGUAAAAAAGAUGCUAUGUUCAAUAAGUUUGUGUAUUUCGUUUAUUCAAUAGUCGGUCUCAAUCUUCUUUUUAGAAUUUUAUUAAAUAGAAGAGUGCCUUGUUUUGAAUACUGCUUGCAUAAAAAAAUCUUUGUGGAUCCUAACAAGAAGUUAUCUGAUUAUAUUGAUAUAACUACAAAUAAUUUGGUAUAGCAAAACUCAUGA